AUGCUCAAGGAAGAGGACCAAAUGGACGCAACCUUCAACAUCACAGCUAGUGCGGCUAACUGGGCGCUUCUAGCCGGGUACCUUGUCGUCCCCGGUACCUUUGCGUCACUCCAGACGUCAAAAGAAACUGAACAUGUUUUGACGUCUAACAAAACGGGCCGCGUUAUAUUCCACACCAUUCAGAAUCCACCUUUGCUCGGAAUUGCCUGUUUGUUCCUCGCGAGCGGCAUAGCAGCAAUACUGUGGCUACUUCACUUUCCGCGCCUAAGGGGAAACUAUGUGUGGCUGACGAACAAAAUUUUCAUGCCAUUGACUUUAAACGCCGGUGCGGGACUGCUUACCACCUUGAUCAAUGUUUUCGCAUCAAAUCGGGGGGGUUUGGUCGGUGAUGGCUAUCGUAACAACUGUUGUCACUGGGGCAACAUUUAUUGUCUUUUUGGCUGUUUUGCUAGUUUACAAGCUUUAUAA